UCAAAAUUUGAAAAAAAAUAUUUUGUAAAAUUUCCAGCUUAUUUCUGCUUUUCCUGGGUCUCCAAGACAUCAUAUAUAUUUCUUUGCAAUGCUUCUAUAAAGGAUUCAAACCAAAGGCAAUGUAGUUAAGCAGCCAGAAACAAAUCGAUGCACAAUUGCACAUUUAUGGGAACAACUGAUUGUAAAGGGAAAAGAAUCAACAAUGCUUCGAGAAGCUGGCCUCCUUAAGCCCUGCUACAGGUGUUGCUAUAUUCAGUUCAAACAAAGUACACGGAAUUAUGGCGCUUCAAAAACACACUAUGAGAUAUUAGAAGUAAAGAGAGAUGCACAUCCAAAGGAAAUAAGAAAGGCAUUUGUUAAUUUAUCAAAAAAGGUUCACCCUGAUCUCAAUCCCAAUGACCCUCACACUCACAAGAAGUUUGUAAGAUUAAUGGAUGCCUACACUGUACUCAGUAAGCCAUCUACUAGGAGAGAUUAUGACCUAAGUCUUGUCAGUCGUAUUAAUAGAGAGCAUACCGCUCGCACCAUGUACAGUCAGCACACUCCUGGGGCCUCACCCUACGCAGGGACAGGCUCUCCUGAUCCAAGUGAAGAAGCAAAAAAAUACUGGGACGAAACAUUAUUCCAUAUGAGAGAUAAGAGUCAAGAUGCUCGCUAUGCAGGCCAACCAUAUUAUGGUGUCAAAGGAAUGAAGAAAAUGUCCAACCAUUUAGUAGUAUGGGGAUGUGUAGGUGUAAUCAUACUAGGCUGCUUUAUACAUCUAGGAGCUGUGGCAUGGUCCAAGACUAUACAGCAAAAGGUGUUAGAUGAGAGAGAUAGGAAACAUUUAGCAACAUAUAACUUAGUUAGAUCAUCAGCCAUGGAGCAUGGUAAUGCAGUGCAACUUCAGCGGUUUGCAGCAAGACAUGGCGCCUCUCCCCCAAAGUCUUCAUAGGAUGUAAAAUGUGGGCUUGAAGAGCUUAAUUGCAGUAUCUAAUAACAGUUAUCUAAGGUGGAUUAUUCCAUUCACCUUAAGCUCAAGGUGUUAUACUUGUUACACACCUUUAGCUUAACAUACAUUAUGGACACAUUUACUUCCAAGUACACCAAAGUCCAUGGAUGAAAAUAAAAACAUUCUAUAAUUGAACAGGUAUCUCCUAUGAUCCAGCAACAUAGAAUUCAGAACUUAUAAUGCCUAACACCUCUGGAGCACUUUUUCUAGUUAAAAAAAUACAGUAAAUCCAACAACUGCAAGCAUUUUUAACUGUCGCGUUAAGUGUACAUGUACAGAAUUAUAAAAAGUUAUGAAUACAUUCUCAGAUACAUAACAAACAAUGUGUGAAGGUUAAUUGAAGAAUGGGUAAUGAAUUAAAAUGAGAACGUUUCUCCAGUUAUUGGAGAUAGUCUCUGAUGACAAAUAAAAAAUAGUCUCUGAUGCUACUGUAUGUUUGAAUAACUGCAGACCAUCUAUCUGCUAAAAACUACAAGUAAUUGAAGCUUGGCGUACAGAAGUGUCAGAUGUUAUAGAUAUUACAAGUACUGUAAAACAAGAAAUGAAACCAUGUACAACAUUUUGCAGUACAAAAUUGUAACCAACAACUUUCAAUUGAUAUUUUGAUUGAAAUGACUCAAAAUGUGUACUCCUUUGAGUACUUCUAUUGAUUUAAAACACUUCUGUUUUAGUUUUUGUAUGAAUUUAUUUUAAUUCCAACAAUAGUGUUUACCUCUUGAAAAAUAACUCUAGUUUUAAAUUUCGAAAAUAUUUUAAUUUUGCCAGUACAAUUAUAUGCACAUAUCUGUCACAAAUAGUUAAGCCAGGGAUGACAAUCUCCAAGUUUAAAAAUGUUCCAGCUUGGUAUUCAAUUGUGGGGAUUUGCAUCUCUUUAAAUGUAUGAGCUGCCCCUGCACUCAUUUUGUGAUUUACACUUAAUUAAAGGCUAUCUUAGACUGAGCAAAAGUUGGUGCUAACUGGAGCCUAAAAUAGAUAUAAUGGCUAUAAACUUUAGUUGUUUGUUUAUCAAAGAAAUCAUAUGUUCAAAACUACAACUUAGCGAUCAAUUCAAGCCAAUGAUAAACAAAGAAUGAUUUUAUAAUGGUCUUAUUUUCACAAUGUGUAAGUACAAAGGGACCAUGUGUUGGAUUUAUUAUGCUCAUUUCUGUAUAAUGGAUGUGGUUAAAUAUUGAGAAUCACAAGUUAUGAUUCUCAUAUCCAGUUGUAUUAAGGCCCAAAAAGUAUCACUGGUGUAUGGUAUACUCAAAUGUUAGCAUCCUGUGCUGUUUCAAGUGUAAAAAUUUAUUUCCAAAAGUACAUUGAACCGCAUUUUUGGUUAAAAUAGAUAUGAGAGCAUAUGCUUAAUAUUUAAUGUACUUUACACUAGCCUUCAUUACCAGAAGUGUGAUACCUCAAAAUGGCGCUUGUUCAUAUAAAACUCUAAACGUUAAGGGCUUUAAUAA